UUCGCAGAAACGCUCAAAAUAACUAACUCUCUCUCUCUCUCAACAAUGGCGGAUCCUAGUACCUACGAUUUCUUCAAGCUCAGCGCUCAUUCCUCAAACAAGCUUAAUUCUCCGUCAAAUUCGUGCUCCAGUUCGCGAUUGUUCUCCUGCCUCUACUGCAACCGCAAAUUCUGCACUUCUCAGGCCCUAGGCGGCCAUCAGAAUGCGCACAAGCGCGAGAGAGCCGCCACUAGGCGAAAUCUCGCCACCGGAGAUGCGAUCUCCCGCCUCCACAGCCAUCAGCCCGGCGGCGUCGAGCUCAGCUCGCCUCCGGCCGCGGCGUUGUACAGUCACUGGUUGCAGCACGACGGAUCGAGCACCGUCGCGCCUCUGGAGAUGUUCGGCGGCGGUAGAUCGGUUUCCGAUCGGCUCUCGGUAGGUGAUUCCGGCGAAAACGUAAACCUCGAUCUCACGCUUCGCUUGUGAUGAUGAUUCUGUUGUUGUUCAAUUUUUUUUAAGUGGAUCGGUUAAUUAGGGUUUGAGCAAAAGGUUAUGUGAGGGAGAAACUGGAGAUGAACUGAUUUUUA